AUGUCAUCUGAGUACGACCAUCUCUUCAAACUUCUUUUAAUUGGCGACAGCGGUGUUGGAAAGUCCUGUCUGCUCCUUCGUUUUGCCGAUGACAGCUACACCGAGAGUUACAUCAGUACCAUUGGCGUGGACUUCAAGAUCCGCACACUCAACAUUGAUGGAAAAGUCAUUAAACUGCAGAUUUGGGAUACCGCCGGGCAGGAGCGAUUCCGCACCAUCACAAGUAGUUACUACCGCGGCGCCCACGGCAUUAUCAUUGUAUACGAUACCACCGAUAUGGACAGCUUCAAUAAUGUGAAGUCGUGGCUUAACGAGAUUGACAAAUUCGCAAGUGAGAAUGUAAAUAAACUGUUGGUUGGCAAUAAGUGUGAUCUCGUCACGCAGAAGGCGGUGGAUACGCAGAUGGCGAAGGACUUUGCGGACAGUCUCGGCAUUCCAUUCCUGGAGACCAGUGCGAAGGAGUCCUCUAAUGUGGAGGAGGCCUUCACAAAGAUGGCGAUGGAUAUUAAGAAGCGGGUGGCGGCGCAGGGCGGCGCCGGGGCGGGCGCGGGCAACAACAAACCGCUGCUCGCAAGCGGCAAUCGCACCGGUGGCAAUAACAACAACAAGAGUGGAGGCUGCUGUUAA